AUGGAUUACUUCGAAACAUUUUCUCCAGUUGCAAGAAUUGACACCAUUAGAACAGUGCUAGCAUUAGCAGCUCAAAAGAGGUGGAAAGUUUAUCAAUUUGAUGUUAAAUCAGCUUUUCUUAAUGGAGAGCUAGAAGAAGAGGAAAAGAUGAUAUCAAAAUUUGAGAUGACAGAUUUGGGUAUUUUGCACUAUUUCUUGGUGAACACUCCUAUGAAUGCUAAUGAGAAGUUUCUACAAGAUGAUGGGGUUGUCAGAACAGAUCCAAAAGAAUUUCGAAGCUUGGUGGGAGGACUAAUUUAUAUCACCCACUCAAGGCCAGAUAUCAUGUUUCCAGUUAGUCUACUUUCAAGGUUCAUGCAAAAUCCAAGUAAGAACCAUUUUGGUGCCACAAAAAGGGUCAUAAGAUACAUCCAUGGCACUCUCAAAUUUGGAAUCAGAUACCAUCAUGUUAAUGAUUUCAAAUUGGUGUCUUAUACUGAUAGUGAUUGGGCUAGUUGUGUAGAUGAUCGUAAAAGUACUUCUGGUUUUGCUCUUACUCUUGGUUCCGGAAUGGGAACGUUUUGCAUGUACUCCCUGACCUCCUAA